CGCGCGUUGUUGGCGGGAGGAGAAUAGCGGAGCGCUGUGUGAGAGUGCGCAGCACCGGGCAUACCACCGAGCUCCGGCUGACGGGGAAGGUGCACCUGACUGACACUAGCGGCGAAGCGUGAGGGACACAGACGCCGCCUUACAGACUACUGGUUAACUGUUUCCCAGACCAUUGGCAUCCAGGGGAGGACCCUUCUAGCACCCCACCGGAGCGCAUCUCUGCAGCCCACCGGCCUUUUCAGUGAUUCUCUCCGCAGGGACCGUGAAGGCUGCAUACCACAGGAUCCUCCUGGUCACCCCAAGUUUCAGAAGCCCAUUAAAAAGCCACUAUCUACCUGAAUCCUUUGAAGGCAUCGUCACAAAAGCAAUGACUGAAGAGCAAAGUGGUUUUCACCAGUCCAGGAAGCAACGAAAGUAUUUCACAAUGGAUGUGGAUGAAGAAGAAAAUAUGAGAGUAACCUAUCGAGCUUUUGCUGGAGGAUGUUAUAAAUGAAAAUUUAGCAACCAUUCCAUCCUUUGUUAGCUGGGUAAAGUGGUGUGUGUUUGCUUAGCGUUCACGUUCCAAGAUUCAGUACCACUUGGGACUAUGUUAUCAAAAGUGAGAUGUUUCCAAUCCAUAAGGAGAACGUUUGAUAGAAAUAAUGUUAGCUUGACAAAAAAGAUUGAGAAUGAACAAUCGCGUCAAAUACCAAAACAUUUGCACUUAACAUUUGGAUUGGUUUUUGACAUAAAAAUUUGUUUCUUAAGUCUUUAAAUCCGUUUUCAUUAUUUUUCUAGAUAAACCUUAAUUUCUUUUUGACUCUUACUUUCGCCUGGCACCCAUGCUUCUAUGGAAAUUGCCAGCCUUCAUUAAGAGGGUGCAGUUAUGUUUUAAGUUUUAUGCUUACUUUGCAUUUAUUAAGUGUAUUCAAUUUUACAUAGCCGAGAUGAAUUGACCAAACAAUGAUUUAUGUUAUGAUUUAGGAUGUAUUACAAUUUUGGUCGAUGAUGACAUGUAAAUGGCAAGUAGCCUUUUGCCAUUACAACGUAAAACCUAUAUUCCGUGACCACACAUCACUGAACCAGUGACAAAGAUAGAUAAAGGAAUCUAUAAAUUUUGCAUUUACAAGAUCCUGCAACGAAGGCGUUGUAAGUUACUCUUUCUGGGCACCACAGGUUCAAGCAGCACUGACGUUAAAGAAAAUCGUAACAUGGACGGAGUGUCAAGAAAGGAUGGGAAUGGCCAAAGUACCGGGGAGGGGGCUCAGCUAUCCAAUGGGGGUGAGGGGAGCAGCAGGAAACGACCAUUGGAGGAAGGUAAUAAUGGCCAUUCCAAGUUUCGUCCAAAGAAGAGGAAGAAAACACCCGGGCCAGUCUUGCCAAAGAAUGCUCUCAUGCAGCUGAAUGAAAUAAAGCCAGGAUUGCAAUAUAAACUUGUUUCCCAGUCUGGUCCAGUUCAUGCACCAGUGUUUAUUAUGACCGUCGAGGUUAACGGGCAAGCUUUUGAAGGCUCAGGUCCAACAAAGAAGAAGGCCAAGCUUCACGCAGCUGAAAAAGCAUUGCGGUCCUUUGUGCAGUUCCCCAAUGCAUCAGAAGCUCACAUAGCUAUGGGGAGAACCCAGUCUAUAAACACUGACUUUACUUCUGACCAAGCCGACUUCCCAGACACACUCUUCAAUGGAUUUGAAAAACCUGAGCAGGCCGAUCAUGCAUUUUUCUUAGGCUCCAAUGGGAAUGAACCCUUUAAUUCGGCGAGUGACUAUAGCAUGGCAUUGGCUGCAUCCUGCAAUCUCAUCCAGUCCCCACUUCCAACACCUUCGUUUUUUCCACCUUCAAUUGGGAAAAACCCCGUAAUGAUCUUAAAUGAGCUGCGACCAGGGCUGAAGUAUGACUUUGUGUCAGAGAGUGGAGAAAGCCACGCUAAGAAUUUUGUUAUGUCGGUCACCGUGGACAACCAGACAUUUGAGGGGUCUGGUAGAAACAAGAAGCUUGCUAAGGCCCGAGCAGCUCAGGCAGCUUUGGCAUCACUGUUUAACAUGCAGCUGGACCAGACUCCUUCACAACAGCCUGUUCCCAGUGAGGGCCUACAGUUGCACUUACCUCAGGUGCUGGCUGAUGCUGUUGCACGUUUGGUCAUAGAGAAGUUCAGCGAGCUAACAGAUAAUUUUACCUCCCCACAUGCAAGGAGAAAAGUGCUAGCCGGAGUUGUCAUGACGACAGGAAUAGAUGUGAAAGACGCCCAGGUCAUCAGCGUUUCCACCGGAACCAAAUGCAUCAAUGGGGAGUAUAUGAGUGAUCGUGGUUUGGCGCUAAAUGACUGUCAUGCUGAAAUUGUAGCUCGCAGGUCACUGCUUAGAUUUCUCUACACACAGCUUGAAUUAUUUCUAAGCUCAAAAGAAGAUCAGCAAACAUCCAUAUUUAUGAAGUGUGAGCGCGGUGGUUUUCGACUGAAGGACAAUGUUCAGUUCCACCUGUACAUCAGUACAUCACCAUGUGGAGAUGCUCGUAUUUUCUCACCGCAUGAAGCUGGACAAGAAGAUCACGGUGAUCGCCAUCCUAACCGAAAGGCCCGUGGACAACUUCGUACGAAGAUAGAGUCUGGAGAGGGUACUAUUCCUGUCCGGUCAAGCAGUACUAUCCAAACAUGGGAUGGGGUUUUGCAAGGAGAGAGAUUGCUCACCAUGUCUUGCAGUGAUAAGAUUGCCAGGUGGAACGUUGUGGGAAUCCAGGGAUCGCUCUUCAGUCUCUUCGUUGAGCCAAUCUAUUUCUCCAGUAUUAUCUUGGGCAGCCUCUAUCAUGGCGAUCAUCUCUCCAGGGCCGUGUACCAGAGAAUAUCUGAUAUAGAAGAUUUUCCCCCACUGUAUUCACUAAACAAGCCUUUACUCAGUGGAAUUAGUAAUGCAGAAGCUCGCCAACCGGGCAAGGCUCCUAGUUUCAGUGUCAACUGGACAAUAGGAGACCCCAGCCUUGAAGUCAUCAAUGCUACAACUGGCAAGGAUGAAUUGGGUCGUGCGUCACGUCUCUGUAAACAUGCUCUCUACAGUCGAUGGAUGCGUAUUCAUGCAAAGCUCUCCUCCAGCCUGAGAUGUAAAACUGGGAAGCCCAAUCUAUACUACGAUACAAAGAAAUCUGCCACAGAAUACCAGGCGGCGAAGGAAUGCGUCUUUAAAGCCUUUCAAAAGGCAGGACUUGGUGCCUGGGUUAAAAAACCUAUAGAGCAAGACCAGUUUCCCCUCACUGGUUAAAGUCUUGAACGAAUCGAUUGAUUUUAGUUUUUCCUUUGUCAGGCAGGAGCAUAUGACACUAUAAACCUCAUCAUGAUUUCUCCAUUCUCUGACGUGCCAAUCAUCCUCAAACCACACAUUGUUUUAUAGGAUCUGGAAAUAAUUGUGUUUUUAUUUAUUCCUUAGUGACCAAAGGCAAUCCAUCUUUUGUAAGCACCUGCCUCAGUUUUUAUUUUAGGUAAAAUGUAUUUUCUGUAGCUGGAUCUCUCACCUCUGUAAAUUGUAGAUACCUACAACAGCACCAGUGUGCGAUACAAUGGGCAGCUGAUUUGAACGUGGAAAGCGAUUCUUAUUUCACUGCAGAUAUGUUCUUGUUCAUGGUUUUACACUGUAUUUUUAGGUGGCGUAUUUCAUGAGCUUCGUUUUGUGAAAUUUAGCCUGCUGUUGACACUAAUGUGACCAGCAAUAUGUUGGAAAUUUUAUAUAUAUAUUUUUUUUUUAUUAACCUGUCUUUGCUUACAUAUUGCCGAUUGAAAAAUCAAGAACCGGCACCCCUUCUGCUAUACUACAAGGGUUCAGUACCAGCUGCUACACAUGUGUGUCAUUGGUAUCUGUGUAUGUAUGGCUAAGGUUUUAUUAUGCAGCUUUUAUUCUGUACUUGUGUCUCAUUUACCCAUGUUGUGAAUUCAGAAUUGUACUGUUGGUAACUGGAUUGAAACUCAUUUGUAUCUUUCUUGCUUUUAGGCUGUAAUUGUGAACCGAGACCUAUAAAGAAUUAAAUUGUUUGCUGAAAAUACAGUAUAUACAUAAAACCACACAAUUGUUUUGCAGAAAUACGUUGCUUGGCAUUUAAUAAGAGGUUUUAAAUUACUUUUCUAUGCAUAUAGACAAAUUCCAAAGUUACGUCCAUGCAUGAUGGGGGGGGGGGGGGGGGAGAUGGGUGAUGGCAGAUUUCGCCACAGUUCUGAUGCUAAUCUGCAUAUUUUUCAUGGAUUUCACACUAUAUAUCGCAAAGGGUGAAAAUCCGCAACAAGAAUUCACGUGCUGCAGAUAUAUGAAUGCAGGUCAAUUUAUGCGCUUGUGGCAGAGAUUUGUUAAUCCUCUUUGCUGUAGUUGUAUAUUUCACUGUGGAUUUUCCACCCACAAAUCUAGAGUCAUAAACAGAUUUGAUUAAAACUAUUUACCAACAUCCUUUAACAAAGGAGUCUCAUGUUGGGACAAGUUUAUUUUUUUAAAUUAGAAUAGCUAGCAUUUCAUUCAAUAGCUGCGGUUUCAUUCAAAAAUGACAGGCUGAUAGUGUAUGCUAAAUAUAUAGCUGUCUUAUCUAUACACAAAGAUGAUAUCAUUACAGGCAGGAUUAGAAUGACACACAAGCAGAUAACUGCAGUAAAGUGAUCUAUACAUACCAAGGAGUGGUGCCUAUUAGGCUUAGUGGCAGGGCAAAAACUGCAGGAAUUUAGUUCAAAUAUCGAUAUUGGUGUGGAAAAUUAAAAAAUUAUUUUAAAGUAUGUUAAACAAAAAUGUGAUUUAAACAAUAGAUCAUUUUCUGAUGACACAUUCCCUUUCUCAUUUAGACAAUCUCUUAAAAAAAAAAAAAAAAAAAACUCCUGUAACCAAAAGCCAUCACAUAAUGUCCAUUACAAUAAAUGGCUUGGUUUGCUAGAGCAACUCUCCAUUCUGUAUCCUACAGGGUUAGUGAAUUAACCUUCCCUCUUUGAUUUUUCAUAUAGCCAAUCAUGGUCUUUAUGAGGGAACCUCUUAAAUGGGUAUUCCAGUUAUGGAAGUUAUCUCCUAUCCACACGAUAGGGAGCCUGUACCCCUUAAAAGCCCCCUGAAAUAAACAGAGCAGCUGGUUGGGCAUGUGCGCAACUGGCUUUAUUCAUUUUCUGAUGCACAGGUAAACUUUGAAGAGGAAGCAGGACUCGCACAAGUGUGUGACUCCUUCCAACAGCUGUCCUUUUUAAACAUCAGUCAGCAGAGGGAAGAUGGGAGUGAAGCGCAGGAGCUGCCUGCCUGCCCGCCCUCCGUCUGAUUAGUUGACAUCCUUGCGUCCUCUGACCUGUAUAAUUCUGUCGACGUUGUCUAGAUCAGUACAGGUACACUAGUCUGCCCACCAAUAAUAUGAACAGUUUUGGCUCCAUAGGUCUGCACCGAACAUCAAAUAUGUACUCUGUUAUCACUGUUAUCUGUGGUGUUACAUAGGACUGCACUGCAGACUCUGAUGCCUGAGUUCUGGAAGCCAUCCCUUUGAAGGCAACUGUAAACAUGAUGUGAUCCUCAAUGAAUUUUUUUUUUACACCCCUGUCUUAAUAGGUAAAACAAGGUUAACACCAUUUGGAAUAUAGAGAAUUGCUUAAAGGGACCCUGUCUCCAUUGAACAUGGUGUUUGAGCUACAGUUCAGUAGAACUUGUAUUUUAUACAUUUAAAUUCUAGCCCAAUCCAAUCCAGGCUUUGAAGCCAGGGAGGCGGUCCAUCAGUGAUUGACAGCUAUGUGUGUAUGUACGGUCAUAGAAGGAAUGCUGUCAAUCACUGAUAGCACCAUGCCCUUGAAUUCAAGGUCCAGAAGGAGCAGGAAUUUAAAUGUAUGGCAUUAGGGUUGCACCGGGUAUCGAACUUUCGAUACCCAAUCGAUACUUUUACACCCAGAUCGAUCCAGUACCGGGAUUUGCUAUUUUUUGAUACUAGGCUGCGCUACUGCACAGCCUAGUAUCUGUUGGAGAACAUGGUGCACGUUGCUCCCGGCGCGCACCAUGGUCUUAUCAGCCAGCAAAGUAAAGGAAUGAAUCCCUCCUUCCCAUGACCCAGCUACCGCUGGCCACCAAUGAGAAGGGAGGGGCUGUGGCCACUGUACAACCAAUGAAUAUAAUCAACCUAUUAAUACGAAUCUAAGCGGCGAGUGUCGGAAGUAUUAUAAUCAUUGGUGGCGGUGGCCACAGGGUCUCCCCUCCUCCCUCAGAAAUUUCACUGGUGGCAGUGGCAGCAUCCGAUCGAAGCCCCAGCAGUGAAAUUGCAGGGCUCCGAUUGGUUACCAUGACAGCCAGGAUGCUACUGAAGCCAUCCAUGGCUGCCAUGUUAAGCUCCCUACUGCUGUGUGUGCACAAAGCAGGGCAACAGGGACAGUGUAAAAAUCCAAUUCUUUCUAAUAGAUCUCUAUUAGGGUGAAUAGGACAAGGGAUCAAAAGAUAGGACUGUUCUAUUAUGGGCCACAUGUUCCGUAAA